UGUCGCGGUUCACCCUGUAGCACUACUGACGUAAAGCGAACGCGACAGCGUCGUAAAAGAUCCAACAUGGCGACUGCAAUGACAGGACGUGGUUUCUGUUUCGUUAGGAGUUUCUCCGGAGUGCUCCACUCGAGCCUUCAGGCUCUGGGUGGCAGCAGUCCCCAGCAGCUCUCAUGUCUCCACACCAGCGCUUCACUGGAAUCCAAACACUGGGAGAAGAGGAACCUGAAGCUUUAUGCACCUCAGCUGCCAGAGGAGCCUCGACGACCGGCAGAGAUCCACCACAGUCGGAGGCAGAUCAAGUACAGCAAAGACAAGAUGUGGUACCUGGCGAGAAUGAUUCAAGGGAUGAGCAUCGAUGAGGCCAUCUCCCAGCUGGCGUUCAACGACAAGAAGGGAGCGAAAAUCAUGAAAGAGAUCCUUCUUGAGGCGCAGGAGAUGGCUGUCAAUCAUCACAACGUAGAGUACAGGUCCAACCUGUAUGUAGCUGAGUCCUUCUCGAGCAAAGGCAGGUACCUGAAGCGGAUCCGGUACCACGGCCGCGGCAUGUUCGGCAUCAUGGAAAAAGUUUACUGCCACUACUUCGUCAAGCUGGUGGAGGGGUCGCCGCCAAAAAUAGAGGAGAAGACGAGCUUUGACCAGGCUAAAGAGUACGUCCAGAGCCUCAAGAACAGAACCAUCAUCCACAGUCUGUAGAUCAUGUGACAGGUCACGUGUUCCCUUGACUGUAUCUAUCUGUGUGUGUGAGAGAAAGAGACAUUUGUAAAUAAAAUGUAUAAUGAGA